AUGCAAGACUACCCUCUGCUGCACCAGCUGCAGCUGAUCCUCUUUCGGACCCAGGUGCUGAUUGCCACCUUCGGCGCUACACUGGCAUGGACUCCCUUCUUGCAAAGUGGCUCCUUCGUGAUUGAGCUGCAUCCUGGUCCUCCGGAAAGCCUGACGCAUUUUGGCAGCUGCUGGACACAGCCGCCAGCGAUGUAUCGCUUGCCGCACCAAGAUGUACCCACCUGGGACAUGAAUCCCCGCAGUGAGUGGGGAAGUUGGGCUCAAGCAGCCCAUGCUUCUUGGAAGGUCAUUUUGCAUAGGCGGUUCCUGAACAGUUCCGUUUGCGUGAAGAUUUUCCAUCGCGGGCCAAAGGUUCAUCACGCCUGCGUGGCAGCACCACCUGCCGAAAAUGCACGCUGCUUUCGGAAAUAUACGGUGGAUGUUUUCGAAGUUCCAGAGUUCGAGACCGACGUGACGACGGUGGUGGCCCUCGCGCGAGAUGCGGCCAGCAAGCUGUCCAGCCGUCGUGGUGCGGCCAUUGCCUUGUAUGCGGAUUCCAAGAUCAAGGAAAACAUUGAGGAUGCCGAUCUGGAGACCCUCAUGCAGCAGAUCAAGCACAUCAGAAUACGUGAGUUUGAUCAUGGUGAGGACGAGUUCUUCAACAAGUUCUUUUCCAGAAGACAGCUCGGCAUCAUGGCGCAUGAGCUACAGCCCGUCAUGCCGACGGCGGUCGGCGUCUUGCCCGAGCGGAGAUGGACGAACCCGAAGGGUGUCACCAAUCAGACGAAGCAUGUCAUGCUCAUCCGUGACACGCAUCUGCUUUUCGCGGCUCUUGGGGCUGUGCAGGUCCUCGCUAAGAAGGCAGAUUUGUGGGACGAAGGCAUAGAGAAGCUUUUCAAGGACACUGCAGCUAUCGUGGCUGAGCAGGACGACAGCAGGCGGAAGCGCGAGGAGUUGCUCGAGCAGCUCGUCCGCGUGGUCGCAAAGGUGGAGGUCAUGCAGUUCGGCUUCGCGAAGACGGAAGAGUCUGUCGCACGCAUGGACGGGGCCAUCAGCCACUACAAAGAACUGCAGGAUGAGCGUCACAGCCUUGUGCUUUCAGGCGUGGACGACCUGAAAAACAGGUCCAUCCAGCAAGACAUGUCCAUAGAACAGUUCCAAGCCGAGUUCCGAAGUGCCGUCGAUCGAGAGGCGCGUGCGGACUUGGUGGAGAAGCGCAAGCAGACG